UUGGAUAUUCUAAACCUCCUGGUGAGCAUUUGCAUGCCCAGCUCCUCCUAUACCUAUCAUAGUCCUUGUCAUCAGUGCCCCUCUUCUCGCAACUGCACUACUACCAUACUAUUCAGCCAUUGUACCCUCUGGCUGGCGGUCUGGUGUGAUCUGAUAGCGUGUCUAGGUGGGGGGAGAAGAGGGGAGAGGAGAGAGAGAAGGAGAGAGAUGAGAGACGAUACAACCCCCCCCUCUCCCUCCCUCCCUCCUCCCAAAAACACCCCUAUCGUGACAGGCUGCGGGUUCUGUCAAGGCUCUUCUUCUUUGCGUUUCCGUUCCUUUUUUACGGUUCCUUUUAAUUUCAGCUUUUCUGCUCUUUGAAAUUCACCGCUCUUGUCGCUACUAUUCCUAUGAACCCUGUGUUGCGCAGGGAAGAGCGCACAUUACGCAGUAUACGAGAACUUAGUUAUGGCUGAUGACUUCCCACCCGCGCAGGUGCUAAAGAAAUCCCUCGACCCUACCAAGCUCGACAGACCUGCUCUCAGGUAUUUUCGGAAUAAGAUGGCGCAGAAGUCGGCGAUCCUGUCGGUCUACGACAAAACUGGCUUGCUAGAUCUGGCCAAGGGCCUCAUCCAAUACAAUGUUCGCUUGCUCGCGUCUGGCGGUACGGCGAAGAUGAUUCGGGAGGCUGGAUUUCCGGUUGAGGAUGUAUCCGCCAUCACGCACGCCCCCGAAAUGCUGGGUGGUCGUGUGAAGACCCUUCAUCCUGCAGUCCACGGCGGAAUUCUCGCCCGGAAUAUCGAGUCCGACGAACAGGAUCUGGCAGACCAGAAGAUCGCGAAGGUCGACUAUGUCGUCUGCAACCUAUACCCAUUCAAGGAGACUGUGGCCAAGGUCAAUGUUACCAUGGAGGAGGCUGUCGAGGACAUUGAUAUUGGAGGUGUCACACUACUGCGCGCUGCGGCUAAGAACCAUGCCCGGGUCACCAUUCUCAGCGAUCCGAGCGAUUACCCGGAAUUCCUAAGCCAGUUGGAGGCGGGGGAUGUUUCAGAGAAGAACCGGAAGCUUUAUGCUCUCAAGGCGUUUGAGCACACUGCAGACUAUGACGAGGCGAUCUCAGGCUUCUUCAGGAAGCAGUACGCUGCUGGUACACAGUACAUGCCGCUUCGUUAUGGCGCGAAUCCACACCAGAAACCCGCUUGCGCCUUCACCAGGCAGGGCCAGCUCCCAUUCAAGGUCCUUGGCGGGUCUCCAGGAUAUAUCAACCUUCUCGACGCUUUGAACGCAUGGCCACUCGUUAAAGAAUUGAAGCAGGCCCUAGGCUACCCAGCUGCCGCCAGCUUCAAGCACGUUUCUCCCGCCGGUGCCGCCAUUGGCGUCCCACUGAACGAGAAGGAGAAGAAGGUCUACAUGGUCGACGAUAUCGCCGGCAUCGACGAGUCGGGAUUGGCACAGGCAUACGCCCGCGCCAGAGGCGCAGACCGCAUGUCCAGUUUCGGCGACGUCAUCGCCCUCUCCGACAUCGUCGACGUCCCAACCGCCAAGAUCAUCUCCCGUGAAGUCUCCGACGGCGUCAUCGCGCCAGGCUACACCCCCGAGGCCCUAGCCCUCCUCACCAAGAAAAAGGGCGGCAAAUAUCUCGUCCUCCAAAUGGACGAGGCCUAUAACCCGCCCGCCGACGAAACCCGCUCCGUCUACGGCGACCUGAAGAAACUCCCCGACUCCGCCCUGCGCGACCUCACCGUCGCCACCAUCGCGCUCAAAUACACUCAGUCGAACUCCGUCUGCUACGCGCUGAACGGGCAAGUCAUCGGCCUCGGCGCGGGCCAGCAGAGCCGCAUCCACUGCACGCGCCUGGCGGGCGAUAAGGCAGAUAACUGGUGGAUGCGGUUCCAUGAGCGGGCGCUGAGUAUACGGUGGAAACCGGGGACGAAGCGGGCGGAGAAGAGUAAUGCGAUUGAUAUGUUGUGUUCCGGACAGGUGCCGGGCAAUGCCGUUGAGAAGGCGGAUUUUGAGAAGGUGUUUGAGGACGGGUGUGUGCCUGUGCCGUUUACGGUUGAGGAGCGGGAUGGGUGGUUGGAGCAGUUGGGAGAGGUGGCGGUCUCGUCGGAUGCUUUUUUCCCCUUCGUUGACAACGUGUUCCGCGCCGCACGGUCUGGUGUUAAAUACAUCGCUGCACCGAGCGGAAGCCAGAAUGAUGGUCCUGUCUUUGAGACGGCGGAGAAACUGGGGAUUGUGUUCGUGGAGCAGGGGAUUCGGUUGUUCCAUCACUGA